GUUCGGCGGCCUGCUGCCGACCAGCUGGAGGUCCUGCCGGCAGUGGCGGUGGCGCCGGUCGGCGGCGGCGGCGGCGGCGGCAGCGGCAGCAGCAGCGGUGGCUGCGGCCUCAAGACUAGAGGCGGCAGCAGCGGCGGUGGGGCCCCGAAGGGGAAGAAGAAGAGCGGAAGGAACCGAGGGGGCAAAGCCAACAACCCCCCGUAUCUGCCCCCUGAGGCUGAGGAUGGAAACAUUGAGUACAAGUUAAAGCUGGUAAACCCAUCCCAAUACCGCUUUGAGCACCUGGUAACACAGAUGAAAUGGAGGCUCCAGGAAGGCCGGGGCGAAGCUGUCUAUCAGAUUGGGGUGGAGGACAAUGGGCUAUUAGUGGGGCUGGCUGAUGAGGAGAUGCGGGCAUCCCUCAAGACUCUGCACCGGAUGGCUGAGAAGGUGGGGGCAGACAUCACAGUUCUCCGGGAGCGAGAGGUGGAUUACGAUAGCGAUGUUCCUCGAAAGAUCACUGAGGUGUUGGUGCGCAAGGUCCCUGACAACCAGCAGUUCUUGGACCUUCGUGUGGCUGUUCUGGGCAAUGUGGACUCUGGGAAGUCGACUCUUUUGGGGGUGCUGACCCAAGGGGAACUGGACAAUGGGCGGGGCAGGGCCCGGCUCAAUCUCUUCCGUCACCUGCAUGAGAUCCAAUCUGGUCGUACUUCCAGCAUCAGCUUUGAGAUCCUUGGCUUCAACAGCCGGGGAGAGGUGGUGAACUACAGCGAUUCUCGGACAGCCGAGCAGAUCUGUGAGAGCAGCUCCAAGAUGAUCACCUUCAUUGACCUGGCAGGACACCACAAGUACCUACGCACUACCAUCUUUGGUCUGACCUCCUACUGUCCUGACUGUGCCCUGCUUCUAGUCAGUGCAAAUACUGGCAUUGCGGGUACCACGAGGGAGCAUCUGGGGUUGGCCCUAGCCCUGAAAGUGCCCUUCUUCAUUGUCGUCAGCAAGGUGGACCUGUGCUCAAAGGCCACGGUAGAAAGGACUGUGCGCCAGCUGGAAAGGGUUCUUAAGCAACCUGGCUGCCACAAGCUCCCCUUGUUGGUCACUUCUGACGAUGAUGCUGUCACUGCUGCCCAACAGUUUGCCCAGUCACCCAACGUCACCCCCAUCUUCACAUUGUCUAGCGUGUCUGGGGAAAGCCUGGACCUGCUCAAAGUCUUUCUCAACAUCUUGCCACCACUCACCAAUAGCAAAGAACAGGAAGAGCUCAUGCAACAACUGACUGAGUUCCAGGUGGAUGAAAUCUACACGGUGCCAGAGGUGGGGACUGUUGUUGGAGGGACACUUUCCAGUGGGAUCUGCCGUGAGGGAGACCAGCUGGUGGUAGGUCCCACAGAUGACGGACGCUUCCUAGAACUGAGGGUGUGCAGCAUCCAACGCAACCGCUCAGCCUGCCGAGUACUUCGAGCUGGCCAGGCAGCCACACUAGCCCUUGGUGACUUUGACCGCGCUCUUCUUAGAAAGGGAAUGGUGAUGGUGAGCCCUGAGAUGAAUCCCACCAUCUGCUCAGUGUUUGAAGCAGAGAUUGUUCUACUGUUCCAUGCCACCACGUUCCGGCGUGGCUUCCAGGUGACCGUGCACGUGGGCAAUGUGCGUCAGACAGCUGUGGUGGAGAAGAUCCAUGCCAAGGACAAGCUUCGGACUGGGGAGAAAGCAGUAGUACGCUUCCGCUUCCUGAAACACCCAGAGUAUCUGAAGGUGGGUGCCAAGUUGCUGUUCCGGGAGGGUGUCACCAAAGGCAUCGGCCAUGUCACCGACGUGCAGGCUAUCGCAGCAGGAGAGGCCCAGGCCAGCUUGGGCAUCUGAACUACCCCAGGCAAGGGGCAUCUUCAUUGCUGUCCCUACAAUAUACAAGGUGACUUCAGAGCAUGCUGCCCCCAGUGGCAGCUCUGUGUGUUAAUAGCCCGGGGGAGGGGGCGUUACCUGCCAAUUACCUCUCCCAGCACCUCUGGAGUGGUGCCCAGCUUGGUGUGGCUAGGGGAACGAGAGUCCUGUGAGACAAGACAGGAAAACUCAGGGUACUGGUACAGGGCCGUGCCCCAGGCCUGGCACCUCCAAUUCUGGCCAAACCAUGGCCCUUCUGCUGGGGCCUUGGAAGAAGCUACUCUGGCCACUUUCAGCCAUACCCUUUCAGUGAUUUUGGACUGGGGCUAAUCUCCCAGUAUGAUCUGGGCUUCUUGGAAACAGUUGCAGCUUGGGGUGAUUCUCAGGAAGGACUCCGUUUUCUAGCCCUCAGGCCUAUAUAAAUUUCCAACAGAGGCCAGUUCCAUCCAGUAGACAAAAGACAUGUCCCCGUGUCUGCUCGGAGCCCAAGGUCCAAAAGGGGAAGGAGUGGCAUGUGGGCAGUCAACUUUAGUGCUCACACUUUGUGCCAGGGCCUAAUGGUCCAUCCUCAACUUCCUCUUGUUCCCUGUUUUAGGGACCUCCAUCACUCCAUCCUCAUCCCUCACAAGCCCCACAGGUGCUAUUUAUCAGGCUGGUCCAGGGCUUGACAUACUAAGGGUCAGCUGCAUGUCAGUCAUGGUCUUGUCCUCUCUUUCCCUCUGAAGAUGUAUUGUUUUUCUUUUUUUUGUUAUGAAUCAGACACGUUUUGCUUUAUAAAAAUGGGUGACUGGGUAUUGGGAAUUCCAGCUCCCCUAUCGACUUUUACCCUUCCUGCUUCCAAGCAGCCCUGUCACCCACUGUUCUAUUUGUUUGCAGUGAUUCUAUCCUGCCCUUGUUGCAGGUAACCUUCCCCAUCCCCCAAAGAAAUGAAGGGGUGUUCACGUCCCCUCCUCUAGCAAAGGGACUUCCUCCUUCCCCAUUGUUGAUGUCCUGGGUUCCUAUGGGCUCAGGGAUCAUUUGUUGUUUGAAGUUUCUCUGCAUCUCUAUAUAUACACAUAUACAUAUGUAUAUAUAUAUUGUACAGAAUAAAUAUGUUUUAUUGAAUGA